CCGGCAGCGGCGGUGGCGGCGGCGGGGCUCUAAGCCCGGAGCCCGCAGGACCCCCGAGCACCGCGCGCCGGACGCGGCCUGUUUGGCGCCAGCUGCAAGCAUGAGUGAGGCCCGGAGAGACAGCACAAGCAGCCUGCAGCGUAAAAAGCCGCCGUGGCUGAAGCUGGACAUCCCGGUGGCGGCACCUCCCAUGGCUGAGGAGUCCAGCUCCCUGCAGGUGAGCUCUGGCCAGCAGGGGCUGUGGGCACACCCAACAGCACCCCUUCCCCGGGACCCUGUGGCCCAGCCUCUGAGACGCCAGGUUUUCCUGCGGAGUGUGAGUAUGCCAGCCGAGGCGGCCCAUGUCCCCUCUCCCCACCAUGAGCCCCGACGAUCAGCGCUGCAGCGGCAGAUGUCCAUCACGCAGACCAUCCGCAGGGGCACAGCCGACUGGUUUGGAGUGAGCAAAGACAGUGACAGCACCCAGAAAUGGCAGCGCAAGAGCCUCCGUCACUGCAGUCAGCGUUAUGGAAAGCUGAAGCCCCAGGUCAUGCGGGAGCUGGACCUUCCGAGCCAGGACAACGUAUCCCUGACCAGCACUGAGACGCCUCCACCCCUAUAUGUGGGGCCAUGCCAGCUGGGCAUGCAGAAGAUCAUAGACCCCCUGGCCCGGGGUAGGGCCUUCCGCGUGGCGGAUGAUACCGCCGAUGGCCUGAGCGCCCCGCACACGCCCAUCACGCCGGGUGCUGCCUCCCUCUGCUCCUUCUCCAGCUCCCGCUCGGGUUUCAACCGGCUCCCGCGGAGACGCAAGCGUGAGUCGGUGGCCAAGAUGAGCUUCCGGGCAGCUGCAGCCCUGGUGAAGGGCCGGUCCGUGAGGGAUGGCACCCUCCGCCGGGUGCAGCGCCGAAGCUUUACUCCCGCCAGCUUCCUGGAGGAGGACACAGUUGAGUUCCCCGAGGAGCUUGACACGUCCUUCUUUGCUCGGGAAGGUGUCCUCCACGAGGAGCUGUCCACGUACCCAGACGAGGUGUUUGAGUCUCCCUCGGAGGCAGCACUGAAGGACUGGGAGAAAGGCCCAGAGCAAGCGGGUCUCACGGGGGGCGCACUGGACCGCAAUGAGCUGGAGCGUAGCCAUUUGAUGCUGCCUCUGGAGCGUGGCUGGAGGAAGCAGAAGGAGGGGACCCCUGGGGGCCCCCAGCCAAAGGUGCGGUUGCGGCAGGAGGUGGUGAGCACAGCUGGGCAGCGCCGGGGCCAGCGUAUCGCCGUGCCGGUGCGCAAAUUCUUCGCCAGGGAGAAGCGGCCCUACGGCCUGGGCAUGGUGGGCCGGCUCACCAACCGCACCUACCGCAAACGCAUCGACAGCUACGUCAAACGCCAGAUCGAGGACAUGGAUGACCACAGGCCCUUCUUCACCUACUGGCUCACUUUUGUGCACUCGCUCGUCACCAUUCUAGCUGUGUGCAUCUAUGGCAUAGCGCCGGUGGGCUUCUCGCAGCACGAGACUGUAGAUUCGGUGCUUCGGAACAGAGGGGUCUAUGAGAAUGUCAAGUAUGUCCAGCAGGAGAACUUCUGGGUCGGGCCCAGCUCGGAGGCGCUCAUCCAUCUGGGCGCCAAGUUCUCACCCUGCAUGCGCCAGGACCCGCAGGUGCACAACCUCAUCCGUGCUGCCCGGGAGCGAGAGAAGCACUCGGCCUGCUGCGUGCGCAACGAUAAGUCUGGCUGUGUGCAGACUUCAGAGGAGGAGUGCUCGUCCACGUUAGCAGUGUGGGUGAGGUGGCCCACUCAUCCUAGUGCCCCAGAACUUGAUGGCCACAAGAGACAGUUCGGCUCCGUCUGUCACCAGGACCCCAGGGUAUGUGAUGAACCCUCUUCCGAGGACCCCCAUGAGUGGCCAGAUGACAUCACCAGAUGGCCGAUCUGCACUAAGAACAGCGCAGGGAACCACACCAACCACCCCCACAUGGACUGCGCCAUCACAGGCAGACCUUGCUGCAUUGGCACCAAAGGCAGGUGUGAGAUCACCUCUCGAGAAUACUGUGACUUCAUGCGGGGUUACUUCCACGAGGAGGCCACGCUCUGCUCUCAGGUGCAUUGCAUGGAUGACGUCUGCGGGCUCCUGCCCUUCCUCAAUCCCGAAGUGCCUGACCAGUUCUACCGCCUGUGGUUGUCCCUCUUCCUACACGCUGGGGUCCUGCAUUGCCUGGUCUCUGUCUGCUUCCAGAUGACGGUUCUGCGGGACCUGGAGAAGCUGGCUGGCUGGCACCGCAUUGCCAUCAUUUACAUCCUGAGUGGUGUCACAGGGAACCUCGCCAGUGCCAUCUUCCUGCCGUAUAGGGCAGAGGUGGGCCCCGCUGGCUCCCAGUUUGGCAUCCUGGCCUGCCUCUUCGUGGAGCUCUUUCAGAGCUGGCAGAUCCUGGCACGGCCGUGGCGUGCCUUCUUCAAGCUGCUGGCGGUGGUGCUCUUCCUGUUCACCUUUGGGCUGCUGCCGUGGAUCGAUAACUUCGCCCACAUCUCAGGCUUCAUCAGCGGCCUCUUCCUCUCCUUCGCCUUCCUGCCUUACAUCAGCUUUGGCAAGUUCGACCUGUACCGCAAGCGCUGCCAGAUUAUCGUCUUCCAGGUGGUCUUCCUGGGCCUCCUGGCUGGCCUGGUGGUCCUCUUCUAUUUCUAUCCCGUCCGUUGCGAGUGGUGCGAGUUCCUCACCUGCAUUCCCUUCACCGACAAGUUCUGUGAAAAAUAUGAGCUGGACGCGCAGCUCCACUGAGCUGACCAGGAUGCUGACGCUGACAGCCGCGUGCUCCAGCAGGCCGGAGCCGGGCCUGUUGGCCACAAGCCCUGGGACUCUGCGUGCCUUCAACGCAGACCUCUUGUGCCUUGUCCACUGCUGUUGACCCUCUCGUACUUCUGGCAUUUAUCACACUAGUUCUCAUGGUUACCUUUUAACCUAUCUCUUGACGACCACGUCAUGUGGCCAAUAAAUGGACCCGGGAGCGUUUUAGCUGCCACUGAUUGGAG